AUGGGCUAUAAUAGUGACGAAAUCAUAACUGAUCGAUCACGUGCACAAACCUUUUCAGCUAUUCCUAUACCUACCGACUCUAAACUCGUAAUUGCACGUAAUGGAGCGGUUGCAGCAGAACAGCAGGAGUGUUCCAAUAUUGGUGUUGAAAUACUUAAAGAAGGGGGUUCGGCUGUUGAUGCUGCUAUAGCUGCAGAACUAUGUGUUGGUACCAUAAAUGCUUUUUCGGCCGGUAUUGGAGGAGGAGGAUUUAUGAUAAUUCGUGGUUCUGAUGGAACAUCCGAAACUAUUGAUUUUCGAGAAAUUGCACCCGCUGCUGCAAAUAAUAGUAUGUUUAAAGAUGAUCCGGAACUCGCUAAAUAUGGUGGACUUUCUGUUGGUGUCCCAUUCUUGGAAUGGAAAUCGCACAUAAAAAGUAGGGUUCUUCACUGUUCGUCAACUGAUCUGAUGUUUUAUCUUGAUGUGCGAUAUCUUAACGUUAAUUUGAAUAAUUUUAGAUAUGGAAAAUUACCUUGGAAACGUCUAUUUGAACCUUCAAUCAAAUUAAGUCGUGAUGGAUUCAAAAUACCGUUUGAGUUAUCAAAGCACCUUGAGGGAACACCAGAUUUGGCUGCUAUUUAUGCACCAAAUGGGAUAUUGUUGGGUGAAGGAGAUUUACUGAAACGUUUAAAUUUUUCUAAAACUUUGGAAUUAAUAGCUAAUAAUGGAUCUGAUGUGUUUUAUAAAGGAUCGAUAGCUGAUUCCAUCAUAAAAUCCAUUCAAUCCACUGGUGGAAUCAUGACCCAUGAAGAUUUAGCAACUUUUAAACCAAUUAUAUCGAAACCUAUUCAAGGAUAUUAUCACGGACGAAAGGUUAUGACGUUAAAUACUCCAUCUGGUGGACCUGUUUUGUUGAGUAUGUUAAACAUAUUAGAAGGUUAUCGAUUGUCAAGGGAAGGUCUUGAUGGAAAGAAUUUGCACAGAAUAAUAGAGACUCUCAAGUUCGGAUUUGCUAUGCGUACUGAAAUGGGUGAUCCAUUAUUUACAAAUAACUUAGAGCGUAUUGAGGAAAUAAUGACCAAGGAUUUUGCGGCUAAAAUAAGAAAGAACAUAUCAGACUCUAUAACUUUCGAACCAUCAUAUUAUAAUCCAAUAUAUGAUGUGUUAGAAGAUCAUGGAACAACGCAUGUUUCGGUUGUUGAUAAAUAUAAUCAAGCGGUAUCUUUGACUUCAACGGUUAAUUUAAUUUGGGGAUCAAGAGUCUUGGAUUCGGAAACCGGUAUUUUACUUAAUGAUCAAAUGGAUGACUUUUCUAUACCUGGUGUUCCAAAUUAUUUUGGCUUAAGGCCUUCUCCGUAUAAUUACGUUCAACCGAAAAAGAAACCCUUGUCUUCAUGUGUCCCAGUCAUAAUUGAGAAAAAUGGAGAAUUCGAAAUGGCUAUUGGUGGUAGUGGAGGUUCUAGAAUCCUUUCUUCAAUCCUUCAGGUGUUAUUGAACGUGUAUGAAUUUGACAAAGAUAUUUUAGAAUCCAUAGAUGCACCUAGAGUACAUCAUCAAUUGCUUCCAAACGAAAUAUCAAUUGAAACUGGAUAUUCAGAGAAAUUAAUGGAAGAACUUAGAAAAAGAAAUCAUUCGAUAACGUUUGUGGAUUUUAAUGCAGGAAAAUCAGAAAUUCAAGCCGUAAUGAGGUUAUCUAAUGGACUAGUUAAUGCCGCAAGUGAUUAUAGAAAACACGGAAUUGCGGCAGGAUAUUAA